GAGCACAGCGAUAAUGUCGUCAACGGAAAUAGGGAUGACUGUUAUCGAAGAAGAGAGUAUAGAGAUUGCGUCUACUCCAGACAGUGAAAUAAGUGAGAAAAUUAAGUCUGGAUCUCCACGACAGAAAAACCAGGAUACAGGAGAGGACCAAGACACUGAUCUGGAGUUAGAAGAGGAAAAAGAGGAGUUUGAUGUGACGGGUCGUAAUCAGUACCUCUCUGUGUGUAGAACUCUGGGCGUGGUUCCCUCCUCUUAUUUCCUCCGACAUAUGCAAGACAGUACUUUAUCACUAAGACACCAUGGAAUAGGAAGUCUGGGGGGCAAAGCAAUCUCAUACCCCCUCAUGAACAAUACAACAGUGGUAAAGCUAGACCUACAGGAUAAUUGGCUGGAGGGAGAAGGUGGCGAAAGUAUUGCCAGAAUGUUAAAAGAAAACUGUUACAUUACAGAUCUGGACAUCUCAGAGAACAGACUCAGUAGCAAGGGAGCCAAAGCCUUAUGUAACAUGCUAACUAGUAAUACAACUCUGAAAAGGAUAAAUCUCUCUGGUAAUUUGUUUUCUGAUCGCGACGCUGGAUACUUUUUCGAAGCUUUUAGUGAGAACAGCAGACUUAAAUAUGUGAAUUUGAGUCAUAAUGAAUUCUCUGACAAUGCUGCUGUGGUUCUCGGACAAGCAAUAGCUGAGAACGAGACAAUAGAAGAAUUAGACUUGAGCUGGAACUUCUUUAGACGAGGCAGCACUCUUAAACUUUGUGAAGGGAUCUGGAGCAAUUGCAGACUGAAAGAGAUUAAUUUGUCCAUGAACGGUUUUGGAGACGAGGGGGCGCUCGCUGUAGCAGAGAUCUUAAAGAGAAGCAUAACGCUUUACGUGAUGGAUAUAAGCUAUAACCGAAUUUCUAAAACAGGAGCAACUGCGAUCGGCAAGGCGCUUGAUCAGAACGAUGCUCUGCGAACUCUAAGGAUAGGGCACAAUCCUUUUGGGGUUGAAGGAGCCAAAGACAUCCUAAAGGGGGUGGGCUGCGAGCACUGUGUGAUUACGCAGUUAGAUCUGUCGGGCAUAGAAGUUGACAAGGAGUUCAGAGAAUUGAAGCAAGUUCUGGAGGAAACCAAAGAGCUUCAGGUUACACAUGGUGUUGUUCUAAGUGAUUACGUAAUUAAAGUCAAACCCAAAAAAGCGAAGGAACAAAUGUUCGGAGUCUAUAUUGCUGAUAUAACUCCUUCAAAUAUUCUUCAAGUAAUCAAGCAGUAUAGUCACGAAAAGGACAUUAAACUUGGAGAUAUGUUUAUCAGCUUAGACAGGAAGAAGAUGGGUUCUGUGACAAUUCAAGAAUUUAUUCAAGGCUUACAGAGUUGUGGUCUUGAAAUCCAAGAAUCCCAGAUGUCAACACUUGUAGAUCUCCUAGACGCCAUUGCACCUGAAAACCUAAUAAAUUACAGCAUCUUUAAGAGCAAGUAAGGAGAAUAAGGGAUCAUUAAAUACAAGUGAAAAAUGAAGCCAAACAGGGACGCAUUUGAUAUUACAUUGUAUUACCAUCAGAAUACCUCUUUAUGUACCAAGUAAUGCACGUAUAAGAUAUUUUUAUUGAUAUUAAAUGCUUUAAUUUGGGAACACGUGAUGGA